AUGGCCAACAAUCCCUCACAGCUGCUCCCCUCUGAGCUGAUUGAUAGGUGCAUAGGUUCCAAGAUAUGGGUGAUAAUGAAAGGGGACAAGGAGCUUGUGGGCACUCUCCGGGGCUUCGAUGUCUACGUUAACAUGGUCCUCGAAGACGUCACUGAAUAUGAAAUCACUUCAGAGGGGCGGCGUAUAACUAAGCUUGACCAGAUAUUGCUCAAUGGAAACAACAUUGCCAUUCUGGUUCCUGGUGGUUCGCCUGAUCCGGAAUGA